CAUAGCGCAUUUCACAAACAAUUGUCACAAACAAUUGGUUUGCAAAAUUUUGGGGAAAAAAAUUAAUGUUAAACUCAUCCUACAGCUAUAGCUACAUAAUGUAAUGCCUAUGUCAAAAACUUGAUUUUACAGCGAAAUCUGGAUUACCACCCUGAUCAAUCACAAAGAAAAGCCAAAGAAGUCGGAGAAGACCCUGCGGGCCAUCCACAGGGUAGGCCAGGCUGUGAACGUGGCGGUGGGCCGGUUUGUCACUGUGGGCGAGGCCAUCGCGUCAGAGAACGAAGAGCUGAAGGAGGAGAUGAGCCUGGCCUGCUUCGAGGCACGGCGUGCAGGAGACGCCAUCGCGCAGCUCACAGACGCCCUGAGCCCAGAGCAGCCGGAGUCGGACGGGCGGAUCACCGUCUUCAGCGACAAGACCAGCAUGGUGAAGGCUGCCCGGAUGCUGCUCUCCUCCGUCACCAAAGUGCUGGUGCUGGCCGACCGCAUCGUCAUCAAGCAGAUCAUCACCUCGCGCAACAAGGUACUGGCCACCCUGGAGCAGCUGGAGCGCGUGGUCAGCUUCCAGGAGUUUGUGCAGAUCUUCAGCCAGUUCGGCAACGAGAUGGUGGAGUUCGCGCACCUGACCGGAGACCGCCAAAACGACUUGAAGGACGAGAAGAAGAAGGCCAGAAUGGCAGCUGCUCGAGCCGUGCUGGAGAAAUGUACCAUGAUGCUCCUCACUGCUUCGAAGACGUGCCUCAGGCACCCCGACUGUGAGUCGGCGCGCCUCAACAAGGACGCGGUGUUCCAGCGCAUGCGCUGCGCCCUGGAGCAGGUGAUCCAGAUCGUGACCGACACCCGGCCCGGCGGAGACGCCCAGCUGCUGCCCGCCAGCGUCUACGCGGGGAUCAAAGACUUCAAGGGCAAAGUGGAGGGCCUGCGGGAGGCGCUGUACUCUGCGCCCCCCGAGAAUCUGGUUGCCCAGCUGGAGGAGGUGGUGGAGCAGACGGAGGACUUCACCGACUCGGCCUACACCAGCCACGAGAACCGGGAGAGCAUCCUGCAGCGGUGUCACAUGACCAGGCAGGAGCUGGACCAGCUGACUGCCGCCUGGACGCAGGCACAGUCUUUCAAAGCCAAAGAAACCUCAGAGGAGAUGGAGGUGUGCAUUUUGAAGACCUGUCAGAGUGCAAACGAACUCCGAAGAGAGCUCCACAGAGCAGCGGUGGGGCGAGCAGCAGACCUGCUGAAGUACCACGCUGAUCAAACCGUGCUGAAGGCCUUGAAGGCAUCCGGGGAGGAGGGCAACCUGGAGGCGGGGGCCGAGUAUUCCCGAAAACUGACCGAGCAGAAGGAGCAGCUCGUGGAGACCUGUCGACUCCUGCGCCACGUCUCGGGAACGGAGCCCCUGGAGAUCACGUGCAUACACGCCGAAGAGACCUUCCAGGUCAUCGGGCCGCAGAUCAUUUCAGCCGCACAGACGCUGGCCCUCCACCCAUCCAGUAAAAUCGCCAAAGAGAACCUGGAGGUGUUCUGUGAGGCCUGGGAGUCCCAGCUCAACGACAUGGGUGUCCUGCUCCGAGAAAUCAAUGACGUGUUUGAAGGACGAAGAGGAGAUAAGAGAGCAUGCUUGUCACUACCCAGACCAGGAAAACAUUCUGCUAACUUGAAGACAGUAAAGGCGGUGAAGCUUGACGCUGAGGAGCAGACUACAAUCGCCAAGCUUGGGCUGGAGCUUCGCCUGCUGACCUCAGAUGUCGACUCCGAGAGUGAGAAAUGGGAGGACCAGGAGCACGAGAUCAUCCGACAAGCACAGAGCAUGUCCAGCAUGGCUUACUCCAUGUACCUUUUCACCAGAGGGGAGGGUCUUCUGAAGACAACGCUGGAUCUGUUCCAUCAGGCAGAGGUGUUUUCUGAAGAGGGUUGUCAGUUGUCUUCGUCUCUCCAGGCCUUCUCCUCUCAGCUCGGAGACGAUGAGAAGGCCGCUGUCGUGGCGGAGACAGAGAAGCUUGUGGCUUUGUGUCAGCAGCUGCAGCUAACGGGGAGGACGGUCGUGCAGGGGAAGAGUUCUACUUUCCAGAAGGUUGAUGCCUCCAUUCAGAAUGUCAAAAGCAUUAUGGCUGUUGUGGUCUACCUCCUACCCAUUUGCUACAAGCUCAUCAAGAAGUGCAAGUCUGAGCGUAGCAGUAUGGGGUCUCCCCAGGGCUGGGCAGACAAGCAGCUGCCUAUCCCAGUGCAUGACGACUCCCUGGACAACAAGAACGCCAAUGGCUUCGGAAUCAAGUCUCUGGAGCAGCACGUGGCUAACCUCACCUUCCUGGAGAGCAAGUAGCCCAGCAUCAUCGCAGUUGACCUACCUGGCUUUAUGGACUUGGACCCUUCACUGCAGAGCAUCUCCCACCUUUCUCCACCAGGGGGUGGCAUACAGCCUCACUCGCAGGUUUAGUCGCGUUCAACCUAGCCUCAUUUAGUGCCGUUCACACAUCCAUUUAUCUGUGGUACCUUUGUAGUGUUUUUCAGUCACCGCUGCUGAGCACUGAGCAUCAAGCAAAUACAACCAAGAAGAAAGCAUGCAAUCACGGGUGUUUUUAAAAUUACUUUCUAAAAAAAAUAAAAAAAUCUGUGAGCUGAUGAAAGCUUUUUAAUAGGCCCCAGACAUGUUGCUGGUACAGAAGGACCUUUCCCCACAAAUGAGAGGCACCUGGUUAAUCUGGCACUCUUUCCAAUUUCUGAAAAUUGUUGAUAAUAAUGAUUGGAAAUGGGUAUGAAACCCAUCUGUUGGCUUGGCUCAUAUACAUUUUAAUACCAAAAAAGAAAAAUAUUACAAUUUUUUUUUCUUUAUCACAUUUUGGCUGGCUUAGAUUGAAAGCCUAGGGCCAGUGUCUUAAAUACCUCCAUCACAACUGAGUUAAGAAGCACUUUUUAACCGAUUUUAAUGCCUGAAGAAUUUUACUGCUCUUUGAUCGACACAUUUGACUUUAUUUCAAAAAUAUGUAUUGUGAUUUCCCCUUUUCCCUGCACAAAUUGUACUUGCGAGACACAAAAGUAGACCUCCGUACACCCUCUUCCUGUAAGAAGCAUUCCCUUCAGAAAUGUUCUUUCCAACAAAGACCUUAUAGUAUAAGCUGCAGUGGGACCUCUGCAAUGUAUUUUAUGGUACUUGAAGUAUUGAUAAAUUAAUGGAAGUGAUAUUUUGGUACUAACAUUCAAAUGGACAGUGUGAAGACCUAACCAUUCAGAGAAUUCGAAAAGCUGACUGAAUGGACCCAUGAGUUGUAUCUGUGGAACUGCAGAUGUUAGUCUGCAGAAUAUAGUUUUGGACCAUUAAUUGUUUUGACAUCUGAAUGAUUAAUAAACCAACAAAAUGCUAAAUAUACACUAUUUUUUCUUAAAGAA